AUGUGUUUAUUCAUCUUCAUUUUGAUAGUCAUUUUAAUAAUUUCUCUUCGAUUUCAACGUUCAAUCGAUGUAAAAUAUUUAACAAAAGAUGAUUUAAUUAAAUAUGGAAAUGUGAAUGGAUCACGUAAACGAAUUCCUCGUUUAAUUCAUCAAACUUAUGAAACAUUGAAUAUUCCUCCAAUUUGGAAUAAAUCAAUUCAAUCAAUUCUCGAAACAAAUUCGAAAGAUUUUCAAUAUAUUCAAUGGACACACAAACAAAUGAAAUUCUUCGUUAAAAAACACGAACCAAAAUUUUAUCAUCAAACUUACGUUCAUUAUAAAUAUGAAAUGCAAAGAAUUGAUUCAUUUCGUUAUGUUUUAAUGUAUCAUUUAGGUGGAAUUUAUCUCGAUAUGGAUAAUGGUUGUAAUUAUCCAUUGGAAUCACUUUUAACAACAAUAGAAACAUUAAAUCCAAAUUCAACUUUUCUUGUUCUUUUUCCACAAGAAGAUACAUUUGGAAUUCAAACAGAUUUCAUUGUUAGUACAGCAAAACAUCCUAUUUUUCGACAAUUUAUUUCAAAUUUACAUUCUUUUAAUCAUUAUUAUAUUCUUCAUCAUUUAACAAUUCUGCUUAGUGCUGGUCCAUUGUUUGCCACUUUUCAAGAAAGAUUUUUUCGUCAAACGAAUGAAGAAAUUGUGAGAAUUUUACAAAAUCAAGUUUAUAAAUCGAUUUUUUGGAAAACAAAUGGAGGAAGUUGGUUUGGAAGAGAUACUCUCAUUAUUCUUUUUCUUUAUUAUAAUCGAUUUACAAUUUUCAAAUAUUUUCUCAUCAUUUUUCUCGUUUUUCUUAUUUUAUUCAAACGACGUCAAAUUAAGUUUUCUUUUUACUUUUUCCAACGAAUAUUUCUUCAAUGGCAAAACAAAAUUAGAUGA